AAAAGCUGUGGCCCAAGGCCCACUCUCUAACAAUCCAACGGACCACAGCGUUGGCUUCUUCCCAAAGCUGGAUGAACGAUCCAAAAUCAUUGCACAAGCAUUUUUAAGAGUACGCAAGGAUUUAACGUUUCUCCUUUCGGAGAAAUUUCUGUUUGGUUCCCUGGAAUCUUUGCUUGAUUUAGAAAACUCGAGAACCCUUUUGGAUCGACUCCACUGGGUCUCGAGUAAUAUGCAGUAUGCAGCGCCUGAGGAUUUCAGGGACCUCGCUUUUGGGUUCCUUUGCAGUGCCUCAUCUGAAGAAGAAGGCUAUGAACUCGUGGUCUGCUGUUCAAGACACUUAUCAUUCCACCAAGGACACUUUUGAGAGGCAUAGGGUGGUAUUUGCGAUCGGAACAUCUAUAGCAUCAGUUGCCACAGCAUGGGCUGGUUAUUCUAUCCGUUAUCUUCAUCAGGAAAAAGUUGAUAAAAGGCUUGCCGCAAUUGAAGAUUCUAUGAAAAGCAAUUAUCAUUUGGAACAUACUGAACUUAAGAAGAUUUACGAUUCUGGAAAUUCCAGGAAUGCAGCUUGUAUUGCUACUGCUGGAGUCACUUUAAUUAUUGGAUAUGGGUUGGGCUGGCGAGGUGGAAGAUGGUAUGCAAAUAGGAAGUUCAGAAGGGAGCAAAUGAAAUUGCUAGGGCAGAUAAAACCCAAAAGGACGCCACUCCAGUUCCUUAGAAGACUAAGAAGACAGAAGGCGCCGGAGACCGCACCCAAAACAUCUCCAACCUUGCAAAAGGAUGCUCCCUACAAGAAUGAUUCUUUACAAACCCGCCAACAGCAGUUGCUUGGAAAAUUAGUUCAAAUUGCUUGCCAGGCUCAUGUUCAAAGGUUGUUGGAACAGGGAACAAAUCAUCUGAAGAUGGCCAAUGCUCUAACCUCAAUUAUUCUUGUGAUACUUUUCUGUCGGUCAGCAGCUGGUUUGAGAACAAGGCUGUUUUCCAACAAAGAUUGGGUCCUAGAUGCAGAUGAGGGUAUUUGUAAACUGAUGGUGGAGACACAGGGCUAUGCCUGCGAAGAACAUAAGGUAACAACACAGGAUGGUUAUAUUCUCAGUGUGCAGAGAAUUCCAGUGGGCCGGUCUGGUGAGGCAUCAGCUGAGAGGGCACCAGUACUGUUGCAGCACGGGCUCCUGAUGGAUGGGAUAACAUGGUUGCUGUUACCUCCAGACCAGUCUUUGGCAUUCAUGUUGGCAGAUAGUGGGUUUGAUGUGUGGAUUGCAAACACUCGUGGAACCAAGUAUAGCCGUGGGCAUACUUCGUUGGAUCCUGGGGACUCGGCUUUUUGGGAUUGGUCAUGGGAUGAGUUGGUAUCAUAUGACCUUCCUGCUAGCUUCCAGUAUGUACAUGACCAAACAGGACAGAAACUGCACUAUGUUGGGCAUUCCCUGGGUACUCUGAUUGCUUUGGCUGCCUUUUCCCAGAAUCAGCUGUUGAGCAUGUCAAGAUCAGCUGUCUUGCUUAGCCCAAUUGCUUAUGUGGGUCAAAUGACAUCCCCACUAGCAAGAAAUGCUGCUGAUAAUUUUAUAGCUGAAUCCUUGUACUGGUUGGGUCUUGAUGAAUUCGAUCCAAGAGGGGAUGCUGUAGUUAAUCUUCUAAAAGCCAUCUGCAAGAAACCCGGUGUUGACUGCACUGACUUGUUGACCUCUUUCACAGGCCAAAACUGCUGCCUCAACUCUUCCAUUGUAGAUGUUUUUCUAGAGCAUGAGCCUCAAUCAACAGCAACAAAGAACACAAUCCAUCUAUCUCAGAUGAUCAGAGAAGGAACAUUAACUAUGUACGACUACGAGGACGAGGAUGAGAACAUGGAACACUAUGGGCAGCCUACUCCUCCUGUGUACAACAUGACAACCAUUCCAAAUGACCUUCCUCUCUUCCUCAGCUAUGGUGGGCAGGAUGCACUUUCUGAUGUUAAUGAUGUGCAACUCCUUCUGGAAAGCCUCAAAGAUCAUGAUGGAGAUAAGCUUGUGGUGCAGUACAGAGAGGACUAUGCACAUGCAGAUUAUGUUAUGGCUUCCAAUGCUAAGCGAGCUGUGUAUGAUCCUCUCAUCGCUUUCUUCAAGCUUCAAUAAACUGGGAAAAAGUUUGUCAACUAUAGUCUGAUUUUGUUAUACAUUUUACUUGGUGUGAAAAAUUGUAUUCCUACUGCCAUAGUAGCUUUUAUGCUAAUACAGCUAAAUUUUUUGAGUUA